CCCCCGGGGAGUGAGGGAGCGCGGAGCCCCCCUAGUGAGGGAGCGCGAAGCCCCCCAGGGAAUGAGGGAGCGCGUUGGGCACGACGGACCGUAAAAGAUGGGGAAAGUUCAGAAGAAAACUACUUCUGACAAAAUACGGAAGAACAAGUCCACACGAGAUAUCAAGACCAAUCCGUUUGAGGUGAAAGUAAACAAGCAGAAGUUCGAUAUCCUUGGCCGAAAGACAAAGCAUGACCGCGGUCUGCCUGGAGUAUCUCGAUCCAAAUCCAUUAAAAAACGUAGCGAGACGUUGCUGAAAGAGUACCAGAGCCAGGGGAAGACCAAUACAUUUAUUGACAAGAGGUUCGGUGAAUAUGAUACAGAGAUAACCGAAGAUGAGAAGAUGGCAAAGAGAUUCUCCCUGGAGCGGCAGCGCCUCCACGCAAAGAAGAGCAUCUACAACCUGAACGAGGACGAAGAGCUCACCCAUUAUGGGCAGUCCUUGGCAGACAUUGAGAACUUCAAUGACCGGCCAGACAGUGACAGUGACACGGAAGAAAAGGGCAAGCUGUCUGCGGAGUUCACAGCUGCUGCACACUUUGGAGGUGGUGGGUUGUUGCAGAAGAAAGCAUCUUCUAAGACUGGUGAAGAGGAGCAGAAGCCCAAAUCACGGAGAGAAUUCAUUGAAGAACUUAUUGUUAAAUCCAAAAAGGAGAAGCAUGAGCGGCAGGUGCAGCGGGACAAGGCCCAGGAGCUCACCGAGAAACUGGACAAGGACUGGAAGGAAAUCCAUUCCCUGUUGGCUCAUCAAGGUCCCAAAACUGAGCCGGUGGAGGAAAAGCCCAAGGCUGGAGAUUAUGAUAUAAUUGUGCGAGAGUUGUUCUUCGAUGCGAAAGCACCACCUUCUGACCGACUAAAGACCAAGGAAGAACUGGCUAAAGAGGAACAAGAACGUCUGCAGAAACUUGAGAUGGAGCGAUUGCGUCGGAUGCGUGGAGACUUUGAAGAUGAAAUUAGUAAGAGACCGAAACACAUGUCUGCAGAUGACUUGAAUGAUGGCUUUAUCCUAGACAAGGUUGAUAAGCCUUGUCUUGUUUACAAGGAUGGGAAGUUAGAGCAGCUCGAGGAGGAACAAGAGGAGCAGGGUGAUGAAAAUGAACAGGAAAACGGAGAGGAUGUAGACAGUGAUGAGGAUGAAGAUGAGGAAGAGAACCAAAGUGAAGAGAGUGACGAAGAUGAUCAUUCUGACCUCGGGGAUGACGACCUAUUAGAACUGGACUCUGAGUCUGAAAGUGAACAGGGUGAGGGUGCAGGAGAGAAGGGAGCUGCCAAAUCCACCCCAACGAAAGACAAAACACCAAGUAAAGAGGCAAGGAAAGCCAUGAUGGAAGCAGCCAAGACAGAACUCCCUUUCACUUUUUCUGUCCCCAAAUCGUACGAAGAUCUGAAGUCACUGCUAGCAGGGCAGGAAGCAGAGAAACAGUGCCUGAUAGUGGAGCGCAUUCAGAAAAGCAACCACCCAAGUCUUGCGGCAGAAAACAAACCCAAGUUAGAGAAUUUCUUUGGUUUCCUCUGGGCUUAUGUUGGGGAACUGGCAACCAGGCAACCAGCUGAGUUGAAAAUAAUUGACAGGAUGGUGCCCCACUUGUACGAUCUCUCCCAGAUGUUCCCUGAAGUUGCAUGCAGUUUAGCUCAGUCUACCCUGAGGCAAAGUAUGCAGGAACUGGAGGACCAGCUGCAGACUAAAGGUCGGGCUCAUUUUCCUAAAUUGGACAAGCUGCUUUACGUAAAAAUUACGGGGGAUCUCUUCCCUACCUCUGACUUCCGGCAUGCUGUGGUGACUCCUGCGCUGGUGCAUUUGAGUCAAAUGGUCACUAAGUGCUCAGUCACCUCGCUGCGGGAAGUGGCCGCUGGACUAUUUGUGUGUUGCCUCUUCCUGGACUUCGUUUCCUUCUCGAAGAGAUUUAUUCCCGAGGUCAUCAGCUUCCUGCUGGGAAUUCUUCACCUGGCUGUCCCAAGUAAAGACAACCUGGGGUACACAGUGGUUCCACCUUUCAAAGCAGUUGGAAAAUCCUCCGACCUGUUGAUGCUGAAGGAUAAAAAGGCUGCAGAAUCCUGGGAAAUGAAGCCUUUAUCCAUGAGCUGGAUGCACGGGGUGAAACAGCGCACUUUAAGUGAAUUGCAAACAGCGCACUUUAAGUUCACCUGUGUGGCAAUGUGUUUCAACCUGUGCAAGAGGUGCUGCUCGUUAUACAGGGCACUACCGGCUUUUCAGGAAAUAAUUCAUCCCCUGGAAGUGCUUCUCGCCUCUCACCUGCCUAUGAACGGUUACCCACCACAGCUCCAGGAAUUGUAUCACGAGGUCCUAAAGGAAAUAAGAGACAGGCCGUCGUGUUAUCGGCCACUCACAUUUGAAAAGAAGAAGCCCGUUCCCUUAAGAUUCUUCACACCCAAAAUAGUUGAAGUCACGGACUACGGGAGAAAGCGCGGGAGCACCCAGCAAGAGAGAGAGCGGAUGAGACUCAUCCAUAAGCACAAGCGGGAAUUUAAAGGAGCCAUCCGGGAAAUCCGCAAGGACGCACAGUUUCUGGCCAGACACAAGCUUUCAGAUAUCAUGCAAAGGGAUUCGGAAAGGAAGAGGAAGGUCAAGAUGCUGAUGGGCAGUCUGGCCACUCAGGAGGGUGAGUGGAAAGCCAUGAAGAGGGCAAAGAGGAAAAUCUGAAAACAUCCUGUCUGGGGGUCCUCUGCUCCUGGACGAGCGGCCCAGAACAGACAUUAAACCUUCCCACCACAGCUUGAAUUUAUUUAAUGGAGCAAAAUGUCCCAAAGUACUUUGCAGGAGUGUUUUACCAUGUGAGUUGAAUAAUGCAAAGUUACUAAGUAAAUCUUCUGUCAUCCAGCUCCAACUGUUGCCCUUAUAAGGAGAUUGUGUGCAUCAACACAUUUUAAUUGCUCUCUGGUUAACGUCAGCGGGGGGGUGAUUGAAUGUUGAACAGUGAUUCUCCAGACUGCUGUCCUGCCACUCAUCGCAAACACCUCAGUCUCUGCUGCAAGUUCGGUGACAGCUGAACAGCUGUCUCCCUUCACUGAUGGGAAGCCUUGGUUUUAGAAGUUGUACCAAUGCUGAGAACCAGAAAUAAAGACCAAUAGGGUAUAAAUUGCACAGCAGAUCAGGGGGAGCUCGGAACAGUUCAGUGUUGAGCUGGGUUUAUCCUUUUCAGAUGUGCUGUGCCUAUUGUCCAUCUCCACCAGAUACAGUUUUGUUUCACAAGCUGGUCCAAGCUGUCACUUGGGAUUCAUCACCAUUGCUUUUUUUUGAUCAUUGUCUGACCCAUCUCAUUAAGAUAACCUAUGGUAGAUAUUUAACCGGACUCGGGAGCACUGUGAAACUUGCUGCAGGAUAUGUGCUGUCCUUUCUGCAGCUCUGCCGUUUAGUAGAGAAUGUAACAGCAAAGAACCAGUAAUGUUUGGAAUACAUUGGGAUAUAGGAUGCAUUUAUUGUUUGCUUUUAUGCCAGCUAUUGCAGAUAAUCUGGAGUGAAUCUGGGGUCCAAUGAAAACAUAAGAAAUAGAACUAGGAGUGAGUCAUAUAACCCCUUAAGAUUGCUCUGCUAUUGGUACGAAAGCAGCUGAAUCUCUGUAUCAUCCACUUUUCGGCCUAAUCCCAUUAUCCUUCGCUUCCCUUGAUGCCCAAAAAUCCGUCGGUCCCAGUCCUGAACGCAUUCAGUGAUUGAGCAUCCAUGGCCCUCUGCGUUGCAGAAUUCCGAAGAAUUGCACCUUCCUGAAUAAAGUUCCUCACAUCCAGAUAGUUGACAUGUUACCUUUAAGCUGGAUGCAUGAUUCUACAUUCUCUACACGCAGUUCUAGAUUCGCCAGCCUGAGGAACCCAUCUCUUGACAUCCAGAGUGACAAUUCCCCUCAGAACCUCCGCAUCUCAAUAAGAUCCCCUCUCAUUCUUCUAAACUCCAGUGACUCUACAUCAAUCUUACUCAUUCCUUAAAGUACAGCCCAAAUCAUCGGAGGAUGCAUGUGCUACACUAAUUCCAGGGCAAACGUAUUCUUGCUUGGGUUUAGAGACUCAAGCUCUGCAUUUGUUGUUCAACAAAUCGGAGUGUAAUUGAGCCUGUGAGAAACUCUGAAACAAGGCACCCAUUUCCUACUGAACAUCAUGGUUGAUGACCAGGUUGAGGCAGCUGCGCCACUGACCACUUCCUCCAAUAAUUAUUGUUAUUAAUAAUUGUUGAAGUCAACUCUUACAGUGAUUACACUGUGUGACAUAGAACUUAAGCAGCAAGUUUUAUCACUUAUUUUUGUAGGAAUAUAUUAAUAAAUGUGGAGAUGACU